AUCGUCAGCACACCGUUCAAACGCGCCCAGACGGGUCUCUAUCAUGGUGUUAUGAAGCAAUCCGGCAACAACGUUCCCUUCUCCAAGGGCAAGACGCGGCGGACGUGGCUCCCGAACGUACACAACAAGACUUUCUUCUCGGAGACAUUCCAGAAGAACGUGCGAGUGAAGGUUAGCAUGAAGGCGCUGAAGACCAUCAAGAAGAACGGGGGGAUAGACAACUACCUGCGCAAGACUAAGCCCUCACUGCUGGGUGACGAAGGCAUGCGAUUGCGGAUAUCGCUGGAGGAGGCCGCGAAGAAGCGGAGAACGGAA